AUGGCGGCCAGCAAAGAGUCGUUGUUCCGCUCGCAGGACAUGACCCUGACCCAGCUCUAUGUCGCCAACGAGAUCGGGCGCGAGGUCGUCUCGGCGUUGGGCGAGUUGGGGGUCAUGCAGUUCCGUGAUUUAAACCCCGAAACGUCCGCCUUCCAACGUACCUUCACCCAGGAGAUCCGCCGACUGGACAACGUCGAGAGACAGCUGAACUACUUCCGCUCGCAGAUUGAGAAGAACGAUAUCUCCAUGCGCCCUAUCUACGACUUCGCGAACACCAUGGCUGCGCCCUCCGCCACUGAAAUCGAUGAGCUGGCCGAUCGCAGUCAGAGCUUGGAGCAGCGGAUACAGAGCUUGAACGACAGCUAUGAGACGCUGAAGAAGCGCGAGACCGAACUGACGGAAUGGCGCUGGGUGCUGCGGGAAGCUGGCGGCUUCUUCGAUAGGGCGAGGGGCCAGACGGAGGAGAUCCGGCAGUCCAUCGACUCUUCCGAUGACGCGCCACUACUGCGAGACGUCGAGCAGCAGCCCAACGGCUCCACCGAAGGCGGUCAGCAGCAGAGUUUCAGCGUUAUGAACAUUGGCUUUGUCGCUGGUGUCAUUCCGCGGGAAAGGAUGGGUGCAUUCGAGCGCAUCCUGUGGCGUACGCUGCGUGGCAACCUUUACAUGAACCAGAGCGAGAUCCCGGACCCCGUGCUCGACCCGGAGAAGAACGAGGAGGUACACAAGAACGUCUUCGUCAUCUUCGCGCACGGCAAGGAGAUCAUUGCGAAGAUCCGUAAGAUUUCGGAGAGCUUGGGCGCGAGCAUCUACAAUGUCGACGAGAACAGCGAGCUGCGCCGUGACCAGAUCCACGAGGUCAACAGUCGUUUACAGGACCUUGGCAACGUCUUGGGGAACACGAAGCGCACGCUCGACGCGGAACUGACGCAGAUUGGCCGCUCGCUGGCUGCGUGGCUGAUCGUCAUUAAGAAAGAGAAGACUGUCUAUCAGACGCUCAACCGCUUCUCAUACGAUCCAGCCCGCAAGACUCUUGUGGCAGAAGCUUGGUGUCCGACGAACACGCUCGGGAUGAUCAAGUCGCGCCUCCAGGAUGUCAAUGACCGCGCUGGUCUCGCUGUGCCCACCAUCGUCAACCAGAUCAAGACGUCCAAGACUCCACCGACCUACAACAAGACCAACAAGUUCACCCUCGGCUUCCAGACCAUCAUUGACGCCUACGGCACUGCAAAGUACACCGAAGUCAACCCCGGCCUCCCGACAAUCGUCACGUUCCCGUUCCUCUUCGCCGUCAUGUUCGGUGACUUUGGCCACGGCGCCAUCAUGACCCUCACUGCCGUCGCCAUGAUCUACUGGGAGAAGCCCCUCCAACGCGGCAAACAGGACGAACUCUUCGGCAUGGCCUUCUACGGACGCUACAUCAUGUUGAUGAUGGGUAUCUUCUCCAUGUACACUGGUCUGAUCUACUGCGAUGCCUUCUCGAAGGAGCUAAGCCUGUUCCCGAGUAUGUGGGAGUGGGACUUCCCUGAGGGUUACGAUCCGGAGAAGGGCGGUACGGUCAUGGCGAAGAGAGUGGAGGGAUACACGUAUCCGUUUGGUAUGGACUGGAGGUGGCAUGACACGGAGAAUGAUCUGCUGUUCUCCAACUCGUACAAGAUGAAGCUGUCGAUUAUCCUGGGAUGGGCGCACAUGACCUAUUCCCUCUGCCUCUCGUACGUCAACGCCCGUCACUUCCGCAGCCCCAUCGACAUCUGGGGCAACUUCCUCCCGGGCAUGAUCUUCUUCCACUCCAUCUUCGGCUACCUCGUCUUCGCCAUCGUCUUCAAAUGGAGCGUCGACUGGCCUGCGCGCGGCGCCAACCCCCCAAGUCUGCUCAACAUGCUCAUCAACAUGUUCCUCCAACCCGGCACCAUCGAACCAGGCGAGCAGCUCUACGCCGGCCAGGGCCCGAUCCAAGUCAUCCUCGUCCUCGCCGCGCUGGUGCAAGUCCCGAUUAUGCUCUUCCUCAAACCCUUCUACCUCCGCUACGAACACAACAAAGCCCGUGCCCAAGGCUACCGCGGCAUCGGCGAGACCACCCACGUCUCCGCCCUCGACGACGACGACGACGAAGGCGACGCCCACGCCAACGGCCGCCCCAGCUUCGCCGACAGCGACAUGGACGGCGGCGCGCUCAUCACGCAAGACAUCGGCGGCGGCGGGGGCGAGGGCGGCGAACACGGCGAGGAGUUCGAGUUUUCGGAGGUGAUGAUCCACCAAGUCAUCCACACGAUCGAAUUCUGCCUCAACUGCGUCUCGCACACGGCCUCGUACCUGCGUCUCUGGGCGCUGUCGCUCGCGCAUCAGCAAUUGAGCAUCGUGCUCUGGGACAUGACAUUCGGGAACGCCUUCUCCUUCGAAGGACCGCUGGGGAUCUUCGUCAUCUUCUGCUGUUUCACGUUGUGGUUCGCGUUGACGGUGGCGGUGUUGGUGGUGAUGGAGGGGACGAGCGCGAUGUUGCAUUCGCUAAGGUUGCAUUGGGUCGAGGCGAUGAGUAAGCAUUUUAUCGGGGAGGGUGUGGCGUUUGAGCCGUUUUCGUUCGAGUUAAUGUUGGAGGAUGAGAUGACGGAGUUGAAGUAG